AUGAAAUUAAUUUUAGUAGCUGUAGCUUGUUGUUUUCAAAUUUUUAGUAUAAGAACUGUUAACAGUUCUAAUGUAUCAGAAAGUGAAUUGUUGAUGGCAAAAGUGAUAUUUAGAAAUGGAAAACAACCUCCUCCAGAAAAAGCUGAACUUGAUAAAUUUCUCCUCGAAAGACUAAAAUUUGAGGUGGAGCCGUUUGAUGUGAAAAAAUUAACAGAAGAAGGUAAAGUUGAUAUGUAUAACUUUGGAGCAAAAAUACGAAGAUGGUAUGAAUCAAGAUUUUCCCAAAUAAACCAGAAAUUAAAAAUAAAAUAGAAGUGCAAUCAACAUCUCAUGAAGGUUGUAGAAAAAGCGCAAAGUUCGUUAAAAACGGAGUAUUGGGAAAUGAAUUCAAGAAAAAAUACCAAGAUUCAGUAAAGAAUUCAUCAUUAGAUAGUUUGCUAGAAUUUUUAUAUAAAGAAGAUGGCUGUAAAAGUCUCUACAAUAUGAAUGGAGUCCCAUAUAAACCUAUCGAUUUUAAAUUCGUUUUUGAUACAAGAAAUAAACUAGUAGAAAAGCUGAAAAUAAAUCUUUAUCCACAAGGUCCAUAUGUACACAAUUCUCCUGAUCUUCAUCCAAUUAAAGCCCAACAUCUUUGGAAAAUUUACGAAUAUUAUGAAGCACUACGCUAUUCUAACGAAACAUUACCGGAUUGGUUAACUGAAAAUAUGAUAUUUGAUAUGGAAGAAAGUAAUAAAUUACUUAUGAAAGUAUUAUUUGAAUGGAAUUAUUUGAAACAAGCAUCAGGAGGUGCAGUUUAUGCAAAUACGAUUUUAGAAGAAUUUCAAAAUAAGAUGAAAAAUUUUCAAUCACUAGACAUUCAACUAUUAUGUGCUCAAGAAAUAGUAGUUACUACAGCAGUAUCAGCUUUAAUAAAUUCCAAAAGCAAAAUUUGUGACAAAACAUUUGAACCAGGUGUAGUAAAACAUGGAACAGCUUUGAUCACAGAAUUAUAUAAGAACAAGAAAAAAUCUGAGUAUUUCGUUAAAGUCUUUUAUUGGAAUCCUAACCAAGAUGAGCCGAAGCAGAUAAAAUAUGAUGAAUGCAAAGGCGAAUGCACUUUUGAAAAAUUUAAGGAAUUUUUAAAAAAUAGUGCAAUUUCAGAAAGUAAAUUGAGAGAUAGUGCACUCUGCAAAACAAAGUAA